UAGUCUAUGCCAGUAUUUUCAUUUCCUUUGACAAUUUAGUAUAGUUUUCAACGUUUUCAAGAUUAGUGAAAUUAAUGUAUUUAAUAAAUAUCUUUAAGUUUAUAUGUAACAUAAAUUAAUGUAUAUUAUCUCUUUUAAUACGUAGAAAUUUUUUAUUUUAAAAAAAAGAAAAAUGGAUGACACUGUUAAUGCCCAUUUAAAACAAUUUGUCUGCGACAGUAACAUAGUACUAGAUUUAAAAUUAAUUCGUGAAACUAAAGAUAUUGAAGAUGACGAAAUUUCUUUUGAGCCAGAAAUGUCACAUCAAGUAUUUGGCGACAGUGAAACUAUAUUCGGAUACCGAGAUUUAAAAGUGAAACUGUAUUAUUCCGCUGGAUGUUUGGAGACAUAUUUAGGAAUGGAUUAUUCGGAAAAAUUUCGAGAUUUAAAUAAUGAAGAUAUCAAGGCAGAUAAUGUUUUACAAAUGAUGUCAUUAGUGCUUUCCUCACAAGUUCAUUACAAUAUGGAUUCUUUUAUUAAAUCACUUGAUAAAGAGGAUUCUUUUGUACCUCCUGGAAAAUUAAUACAUGCAUUUUCCAUACAAGGUGAAAAAAAUGUUAGGCAUUUUGAAGUGUAUAAAGCAACUAUGAGUGAUAAAGGAUUCAAAGAAUAUCAAACUCGUUUGCAAACCUUUUUAUUGUGGUAUAUUGAUGCUGCAAAUUUUGUAGAUGCAGAUGAUGAUCAAUGGGACUACUUUAAUAUGUUUGAAAGAUACUUGUCCCCAUCUGGAUCUGUUCGUUAUGCUUCAGUUGGCUUCUCCACGGUUUAUCAGUAUUAUGCCUAUCCAAAUCAUACAAGACCUCGGAUUGCACAAAUUUUAGUUUUACCACCUUUUCAAAGCAAUGGCUUAGGAGCAGAAUUGUUAAAAGCUAUUUACAUUCACUAUAUUGGUCGCAAUGAAGUUAAGGAUAUAACAGUCGAAGGACCUUCACCAACUUUUCAAAGAUUGAGAGAUUAUGUUGAUGCACAAAAUUGCAGUACAUUACCAAGUUUUCAGAAAGAUUGCCUACUUCAAGGUUUCAAUAAAAUGAUGGCAACUGAAGCAAGAGAUCGAUUUAAGAUUAAUAAGAGACAAGCUCGUAGAAUAUACGAAAUAUUAAGACUACGAGAGACAAAUACUUCAGAUGAAAGUGAAUAUCGUUGUUAUAGACUUGAUGUAAAAAGAAGAUUAAACAUUCCUUUAAAAAGGGAGCAACACGGUUUAAAAAAAGAGUCCAGUGUGAAAUUAACCGACGCAAACAGAAUACUGUCUGAACCAGAAUAUUGUAUGGAAAUACUCGAGAAAGAAUACCGUUUAUUAGAAGAAGAAUACGAUAAAGUUAUCAAAAGAAUGGAGAACUCAGUUAAUUAAUUAUUUAAUCAUUUUAAACAAUUUUUUUUUAAAUCUAAAUUAAGAAUUUGUUUGUUUUUAAGUUCUUGAAAUUGUUUGCAAAAAUAUGAUGGUUAAUAUCAAUAUUUUGCAAUGUUUGUAAUUUUGAAAAAUAAAGGAUUCAAUUUUUUCUAUUUAAA